CUCGCCGAUUUUCCCGUGCAUCUUUCUCCGGUCGCCUGGUUGCUAGACGACCCGAUGUGAAACAAGUAACCUCCUCGUCGAGACAAGAACAAGUAACCGUAACUUGGGAGACGCGAUGUCGCCAGCACACCGGCAGCGCCUGACCGGAGAACGCGGACGUGUCGACGCCAAGUGAGCGGGGACGGCCGGUCGGUCUGCCAGUGCCAGUGCUAAUGCUAAUGCUAAUCCCGACGCUGCAGUCCAUUUAAAGGGAAUGGCUAAACGUUAGCCAUGCUACUGAACUGUUAUGAGAUUAAACAAGAAAAUGAAGACUACCAACGAAGUCCACUCCUCAUGUCUCCGGUCCACGCGAGCGCCGCCACAGGCUGACAUGUCCGCCUAACGCGCACCCUCGUCGGCCGCCAACAUGUCAGCGGGGGCGAGCGACAUCCCGACGGAUGAAGACUGCGAGAUGUUGCCCGACAAUGGCUUCUCGUACUCUGGUGAUUAUUUGAAAAAGACACCGAAGAAGAAACCAGGGAAGCCGCCUCAUCCUCUCAGGUCCCCAUACCUUUCCAGCCUGAACGUGAACCCCAGGAAAGCGGCGGUGUCGGCCUGGAAGCUGCCGAGGACGUCCCUCUGCGACACCCCCGGCGGGGAGACCGGCUCGGCUCGCUUCACGUCCCUCAGCAACCAUCACGAUCUAAGAUUGGAGUGGGACAUGACACCAGAGUUUCCUAGGCACACCUUGGCCACCAGGCAACAUCCUCACUCGGCUCCCAACGCUGCCAGAGAGAAGGAGGAAAUGCAUAAUGAGAUCACGCUCCUCAAGAAGAGUCUCCAAGAGCAGAAGUCUGACAACCAGAAGAUGAAAGUAAAACUUCGGCGUCUGGAGGAGGACAACGCGAAAAGAGAGAAGCAGCUGGAGGAACUCCUGGAUCCCACCAAUAGGUCCGAGUACAUCCGCAGCCUGGUUGACAAGAAGCAUGAGGGCAGUGUGGUGGCGAACGGGCUGAAGCAGAGAAUACUGAAGCUGGAGCAGCAGUGUCGAGAGAGGGAGAACGCCAUCGGUAACCUGCAGAGUGAGUUGAGGGCCACCAACCUCCAGGAGAUGAGGAUGACUGUGAAGAACUAUUUUGAAGAGAUCCAGAGACUGAAGUUGCUUUUGGAAGAUUCAGAGAAGAGUGGUAUGUCAGAGAGUAGAGUGUUCCGUAGGCAGCAGAAGGCGCUGAGCUCCACCGUGCUGCGUCUGUCCGAGGACCUCAAGCAGCUGCAGCUGGACAACACCUCGCUGAGGGAGGAGCUGGACACGGAGAGCCCCGCCUCCGGCAUCAAAGGUUACAAAGAGUGGAGCAAAUACAGGCUCUUGAGGAGACUGCUUGAACUGGAGAAGAGGCUGGAAGAGAGAAACGCAUUGAAAGCAAGGAAUCGAUUGGAGCAGGCGUGUCAGACCACGCCCACCAACUUUGUGCACCGCGGUGUUCAGACCAUGUCACGUCAGCUUCUGGACCUGGCAGUCCAGACCACGCCCAUGGACAGCGUGGACGCGGGAACGGAGACCGCAGAUGAGGACGACGUGUCGGCCCUGCGAGGGCGUGUGGAACUACUGGAGGCGGAGACGACGCAGUUGCAAGAGACGCUGACCAAUAAAGAAGGGGAAGUGAGACGGCGGAUGACUCAACAGGAAGAAGCGGAGGAAAAGUCACGACGGCAGCACCACGAUGAAGUGGGUGAGUUGAGGAAGGAAAAAGAAGAGCUCGAAAAGCGACUGGAACGCUGGAGAAGGGAGCAGACGAGCGAGCGAGAACUCGAGCAAAGGCGGCACCAGGAAGAAGUGGAACAGCUGAGGAGCGAAAAAGAAAAAGAGGUUGAACGAUGGCGUUGCCAACUAGAAAUGGAGCAACGGCAGUACGAACAGGAGCUGAGGCAGCUGGGGACACUAAUCCAAACUCGAAAGGAGGAAAGAAAUGAUCCCUGUGAUGCUGGCGCAGUCCAGGACGAGGCGGACGAGGCGGACGAAGGUGACGACGAUAAAGAAGAGGAAGAGGAACAUGAACGUCUGAAGCCAGAUCCAGACACCCAUACAAACAAGAGCAAGUACAAAAGUGAGGCUCUGCAGCCUGGGGAUCGCACCAAUCUGCUGGAUGGAGGAGCCCUGGAUGAGUUCUCCUUGGUCAGCAUCCAGGCUGCGUUCAGGGGCCACCUGGCUCGCACUCAACACAUCGCACAGAGCUCAGGGUCCUUUACAUGUGUAAACCAUUUGCCAAGGGGAGCGUCAUCAGAGUUUGAAAACAACACAACUGCUGCAUCAGCUAAAAGGAGGUCGGACGAGGAGGAAGCGCCGCGGCCUGUCUCCGGGACUCAUAGAUCGCUAACGUCUUCUAAAGCGCUGGAUGCGGGAGACCUUGACGCCUAUUCGGAGGACUUGGACAUCUCUGACGAUUCGGACGACAUCAUCGUGGCCGAGUCUUACCCUCGUAGAAACAGAGAGGCUAGGAUCUUGUGACUGCUUGGGAGAGCCUGGAUUAUAUUGCGGCGUAUGUAUGGACCGUAAAUUCAUCGCUGGACUUCCUAUCGGCAGUGGAACACAAGAAAUCCGUCAUUCCUGCCGCCAAAGUGCCUACAGACGUGGCGGUUCCGCUAGCUGAUAGCAAUAACAAUUGUAUUUUCCUUGUACUGAGUAUGAGGCGCACUGGAAAAAUGUUUGAAUGAGCCUUAGUGACAUGUUUUUAAAAGCCUUAUUUACACUAAUACAUUAUUCUACUACAGAUAGAGAACAGUUACUUCGGGGCUAUCUUCUUUUUGUAACUUUUGAAAUGAGUUUCCAUGUUUUUUAAAUAGGGAUUUCCAUCAGAUUUCAAUUUAGGGAUGCUAACGAAUAAAAUACAUGUCACCCCUUCCUGGAAAAUUGGAAAUGUUUUCCUUUCAAAAAAAAUUUGCUAAAAUUAA